AUGAACCUCCCUCAGGGCUCGGGUCCGAUCGUCCCAGCCAUGUCUUUUGCCUCUUUAAAGAUCCCGGCAGCAUUCCAGGCUGCGUUCAAAGGCUUUGACAAGCCGACGCCCGUGCAAGCCUGCACCUGGCCCCCAGCUCUCGAAGGUAGGGACGUUGUAGGUAUCGCAGAGACCGGAAGUGGCAAAACCCUCGCCUUCGGAAUCCCCGCCCUCGCACGCCUCGUCUCCUCCUCCUCCUCCAAAGCCAAAAAAUCAAAAUCCUCCGUCCGCGUCCUCGUUCUCGCCCCAACCCGCGAACUCGCCGUCCAAUCACACGACACCCUCUCCCACAUCGGCUCCACUUACUGCUCUCCCCCCAUCCAUUCCAUCGCUAUCUACGGCGGCGUCGACAAAAUCCCGCAAAUCAAAGCGCUUCGUUCGCCCGAUACUAAAAUCGUGGUAGGCACGCCUGGACGGAUAUUGGACCUCGUGAGCGAUGGGUCGUGCGAUCUUAGUGGGGUGGAAUAUCUGGUGCUGGACGAGGCGGACAGGAUGUUGGACAAGGGGUUCGAGAAUGAUAUCAGGAGGAUUGUGGAGCAUAUUAAGCCCAUUGAGGAGAGGCAGACACUUAUGUUCAGUGCCACUUGGCCGGAUGCUGUGAGAAGGUUGGCGGCGACGUUCCAGAAGGAUCCGGUGAGGGUCACGAUUGGUAGCGAUGACCUGACGGCGAACGCUCGUGUAGCUCAAGUCGUCGAGGUCUUCGAUGAUGACCGUGAAAAGGACUCUCGCCUCUUCAAACACCUCCAAACCCUCUCCCCCAAAAAGAAACACGCCUCAGACCCCGAAUCCGACCGCGUCCUCAUCUUCGUCCUCUACAAAAAAGAAGCCACCCGCGUCGAAGCCACGCUCAAACGCUCCGGCUACUCCGUCGAAGGCCUUCACGGCGACAUGUCGCAAGGCGCUCGUCUCGCCGCACUACAAGCGUUCAAGGACGGAACGACGAGACUGUUGGUGGCGACGGAUGUCGCGGCCAGGGGCUUGGAUAUUCCUAACGUCGCAUGUGUGUUGAAUUAUAGUUUCCCUCUGACCAUCGAGGACUACAUCCACAGAAUCGGAAGAACAGGCCGUGGCGGCAAAUCCGGCAAAUCCAUCACCUUCUUCACAGGCGACAAGCACGAACGCGCCCUCGCGGGCGAACUCGCGCGUGUCCUCCGGGACGGCGGGUUCGAUUCUGAGCCGCUGCAGAAGUUCCCGAUGACGAUUCGGAAGAAGACGCAUAGCGUGUAUGGGGCGUUUUUCAGGGACGAUGUGGAUAUGAGCGCUGUCCCGAAGAAGAUCACUUUUGAUGAUUGA